UGCAUGAACCGGGUAGAAUGCAGGGUCUUCAUAAUGUUUGUAAAUUUCCUUCCGGGAUUAACCAGAAUUUUCGUUUCGAACAUGGAAGAUGGGCUGAUUUUUGAAGAACACGCGAGAUCAGACAUGGAGGAGUGUCCAUUAUUUUCCCACAUUUGUGGCGAAAACGUCCGUGUUUCCGAAGGGAGAUCUGAGACAUCAUGGGACCCGAGGUAUUCCGGAGGCAUUGUUUUCUCUGAACAGCCUCUCUGCCAUAGGGAAAGAAUUAGAGUCGAGCUGGAAGGUAGCAGCCAUGUUGACAUUGGUGUUACCCAAGUAAACCCUAACUCACUACGUGGCCCGGAACUCGUGCGGAAACUUUAUCUAAGUGAUAAGUGCGAUAUUAUAAAUAACAUUAGAGUUCAUAGAAAGAAGUGUGAAGUUUUAAUAACAAACCUUCAGGAUAAGGUUGUCUCCCCUUCUGGUACGAAGACCUUUGGAGUUUCCGUUGAUCCCAAGAAGGACGUAUGGCUCGUUGUUUGUAUAAAAUUUGGGAAUGCUUCAGUCACAAUUGACUCACCAGCCGUGUUCCACGAGGUUACCGGAGAAAACAUUGAAUUCGAGGGAACAAACAAACAAAGGGCCAAGCUAAAGGUUGUCAACCCGUCUGCUAUCUGUAUAUUGGAGAAAGCGAUCACGGCCAAAGAUUACAAACCUGUGACGAUUGGCAUUGAUCCAAUCCUCGGUAACGACAGGAAUCCGCCACACAUCUACCAUGUUAGACUCGGUGUGACAAGUGUACGGCCUGACGAGUUAGCGGCGUCUGAUCCACAAGCCUUAUCCAUCAGUAAACCAUCGACAAGACGAUCUCAGACAAGAUGGAUGCCUGUCCAAACAUUCGAGAGGAGAAAUACUGGCGACGUGUCCAAUGUCAUUAACACUUGUACAGGAACUCUCACCAUUGAAGUGAAUGCAGACGGGGAACUGUACUACUCACAUUCAAGUGGAACAGAGGGAACGUGGACAAUGAAGGGGGCGCCACUGUAUAUUGUUUUAGAACUAUUUAGAGUUUCUAUCAAAGUGUUGCAACCUUUACAAAGAACUGGUUCAGGUUAUGCAGUGUAUAAGAAAGGCUAUAAUGCAUAUCCGUUGGUGGAUCCUAAGCAUGAAAAUUCAACAUUUGACAGUCGCUCUGCAAAUCAACAAUCAGAUAAAGAUGAUAGGAGUAAUGAGUACAUAAGCCCAGUUCUCAGCAACACGCCAGAAUCAACAGCUUCACCAUGUGAAUCCUCAUGGCAUGACUGGUCAACAUCCGGGUACACGUCAUGGGUUCUACGAUGUCUAUCGUCACUGGAAACCGAAGCAACAGAAGAACCGGUCGACAGCUUUGAGAGAAAGAUGACCGACACCAUUAAAGAAAUGAAGAAAAUGAAACUGAAGGAUGACGGUUAUAUGGAGAUGAAUCAAGUUACGAACGAAGAGCCGACUUCAACAACACCACCCGCAAGCAUUACUCCGCCUCGCUCGGAGGAGAUUCUGAGACAAAUCUACACCAAGAUGGAACACUUGGAAGAUAUAAUUCUGAAGUUAAAGAAUGUCGAGAAAAACCAUCAUGAUAAAAUGUAUGCUAGUUACAAGGCACUGAAGAAAGCCGUAGAAGGAAUAACAAACCCUACGGCCGACAUGGUUUCCAUGGAAACGAUUCUUCAAGUCAACUAUACAGAUCUUCUUCAUGAACUGGAUCCACGUGAUCUUAUCUUUAAACUGUACCAAAAAGGGAUUAUCAAUUUGUCUGAGAAGCAAACUAUUGUAGAAAUGCGAGAAAACGGGCGUAGUAAAACAGAACUAAACGACAAACUUCUUUACUUUCUCGGACUCAGGCCUGUGAACCGUGCCGAGAUGAUUGAAGCUUUAGAGUAUUCCAACCAGGCUCACUUAAAAGACAAAAUUCUUCCCGAGAAGUCAACGUAGAAUUGGACAAUCUUUACAUUAUUCCGAAUACCAUAUACUAGUACAAUGCUAUAGUGCAAGUGCAUCUGAUGUACAUUUCCGCGUCAAUUAAUUAAUUAAUUCAUAUUAAUCAAAAUUAUUAGGAAUUUCCAUUUUGGAUGGAAAUCUCUAUUGUUUUGUUAUGUUUUUUUCUUUCUUUCUUUUUUUCUCAUCGUUAAUAAUCUUAAUACUUCUUGUAAACCUUUUCAUUCAACAACAAAAAAAAGAUAAAACAGUCAUCUUUUAACACGUGAUAGACAACUUUGAGCUCACGGAAACAUUUUGGUGAGCAUUACUUCAACGGUCAAAGUCGCAGAUUUUGAAAAAAAAAGUUUUUGAACGACCAUAACUUCAUAUACGAUCGUUCUAUUUAAUAAACGCUCAGUGGAUCAUAUAGUUCAUGGUCGGGGCUGACUUUUCUCCAUUAUAUGUUAUUAGAGAAUAUGUCAAGGUCACGACCUCGCAAUGAGGUCAAAAUGAGGUAAAACAUAUCUUAAACUGAGAAACAUGUCAUCGCACAUGAAAUAAGGAAGUUUUUUUGUGGUCACCGGGUGAAAAAUGACGGAGAUAUGAAAAAAUCUAAGUUUUUCUCACCAAAAUUCAAAAAUCUGGCAAAAUUGCACUAAUAUUUUAUAACAGUUCAGUUCCUUCAUCUCUUCAUACACAGAAUGAUAUUUUACACAACAAUAGCAUGUAAGAGUGGCUACAAAGAAGAAAAAAAAAAAUUAUUUCAAAACAGAUUUUUUUUGUCCGUUUGUUCUAGCCCUCAUACACUCAGUGCGUCUUUAAGUUCAUGGUCGGGGCUAGCUUUGCGCUGUAACAUGUAAAAAAAAAAAAUGAAUUUUUAUAAAUGUAUAUCAAAGAGCAUGAUUCACUGAGGCGGAUUGAUAGCAUGUGCGUUUGCCUACAAAACCUAUAAAGUUUCAUUGACCUUGACCUUGGUUGGAUGUCACCAAGGUCAAAUGAUUAAAAACCAAAAAUUUCAAAUUCCUUUUUAAAACAGUUUUUUGUGAUCAAAUUUAGAAGUAAACAUUCUUUAGAAGAUAUGCGACGUUUGGAGGUCAAGUUAUCAUGUUUAACACAGAAACGAUAGUUUCCGGCCAAAAUUCAAAAAAAAUCAAAAAUUGCACUUUAAAUGUUUGUUUUGCAAUACUCUGAAACAUAAUGACAUGGUAAUUAGCACAUCUACAACAUGAAAGACUGGCUACAUAGGCAUGUAAAUCGUCGAUCUUGACCUUGAAAGAUCAAGGUCACGAUAGUCAAAUGACCGGUCAGAGAAGGGAAGCGAAGAGAAACAGGUUAAACGCAUAAAAGUGAUCGUUAGAAUGAUAACAUUUUAACGAGCGUUUCUUGGAUGGAAAUCCCGUGUUUUGAUCUUGAUUAAAUCUACAUGUAGUUGUUAUUUCUUUAACAUAUAUCGUGGUUUUUCAGCCUGAAUAAUUGUGUCGUGUACACACGUCGUGGUGUUUCAGCCUGAAUAAUUGUGUCGUGUACACACGUCGUGGUGUUUCAGCCUGAAUAAUUGUGUCGUGUACACACGUCGUGGUGUUUCAGCCUGAAUAAGUGUGUCGUGUACACACGUCGUGGUGUUUCAGGCUGAAUAAUUGUGUCGUGUACACACGUCGUGGUGUUUCAGCCUGAAUAAUUGUGUCGUGUACACACGUCGUGGUGUUUCAGCCUGAAUAAUUGUGUCGUGUACACACGUCGUGGUGUUUCAGCCUGAAUAAGUGUGUCGUGUACACACGUCGUGGUGUUUCAGCCUGAAUAAGUGUGUCGUGUACACACGUCGUGGUGUUUCAGCCUGAAUAAGUGUGUCGUGUACAGACGUCGUGGUGUUUCAGCCUGAAUAAGUGUGUCGUGUACACACGUCGUGGUGUUUCAGCCUGAAUAAGUGUGUCGUGUACACACGUCGUGGUGUUUCAGCCUGAAUAAGUGUGUCGUGUACACACGUCGUGGUGUUUCAGCCUGAAUAAGUGUGUCGUGUACACACGUCGUGGUGUUUCAGCCUGAAUAAGUGUGUCGUGUACACACGUCGUGGUGUUUCAGCCUGAAUAAGUGUGUCGUGUACUCACGUCGUGGUGUUUCAGCCUGAAUAAUUGUGUCGUGUACACACGUCGUGGUGUUUCAGCCUGAAUAAUUGUGUCGUGUACACACGUCGUGGUGUUUCAGCCUGAAUAAGUGUGUCGUGUACAGACGUCGUGGUGUUUCAGCCUGAAUAGUUGUGUCGUGUACACACGUCGUGGUGUUUCAGCCUGAAUAAUUGUGUCGUGUACACACGUCGUGGUGUUUCAGCCUGAAUAAGUGUGUCGUGUACACACGUCGUGGUGUUUCAGCCUGAAUAAUUGUGUCUUGUACACACGUCGUGGUGUUUCAGCCUGAAUAAGUGUGUCGUGUACAGACGUCGUGGUGUUUCAGCCUGAAUAAUUGUGUCGUGUACACACGUCGUGGUGUUUCAGCCUGAAUAAGUGUGUCGUGUACACACGUCGUGGUGUUUCAGCCUGAAUAAUUGUGUCUUGUACACACGUCGUGGUGUUUCAGCCUGAAUAAGUGUGUCUUGUACAAAAGCCGUGAUAUUUCAGCCUGAAAAAUUGUGGUUUUUUUAUAGACGUCGUGGUGUUUCAGCCACAAUAAUUGUGUUUUGUACAGACGCUGUGGUAUAAGAUAAUGUCCAUUUGCGUUUUUAUUCGACAUUUUCUUUGCUCAAAUUGAUCAAAAAUGUAUGUAUAUAUCAGUUAUGUUUUUGUCCGUAUCCGAACAUAGAAACACGGUCACACCACCGGAUAAGUCAAAGAUUAUACUUUGUCCCGUCGACUGUUUUACUGUUUAUAUUGUAUAUGCUUUGUCAGUUUUGUUUAGUGGCUAUGUAUAAAUAAAGAUCUUUGUAUACUGAUA